AAAGUGCCAUCUGAGGUGGGUGAUGGCAUAUCACAAGCGGUAAACAGAACCACAUGACUUCACACCCACCCCAUCCCAUUGACUCAACACCCCUUCUUAUCAUCUCUUCAUCGAUUUUAAAUCACAAUUGAGAUCUGAGGGUGGGGGAGAGAAGAGAAAAAGAGAGAGGGGCAUUGAUCAUUUGAUCUGAGAAGAAAGAUGGCAGACUGGGGACCAGUGAUUGUAGCAACGGUGCUGUUUGUGCUGCUGACGCCUGGGCUGCUGUUUCAGAUACCUGCAAAAGGGAGACUGGUGGAGUUCGGGAACAUGAGCACAAGUGGCCUCUCCAUUCUGGUUCACACCGUUAUCUACCUCGUAGUCCUCACCAUCUUCCUGAUUGUUCUCGGAGUUCACAUCUACACCAACUCCGGCGGAUAGACGAACACCCUUCCAUUCACUACAUGUACAAUUACUUCUGUACCCUGCUUCUGCUUCUUUUUCUGCUUCUGGUGGCUCUGUUUCAUCUAAAAACCAUUUCUUUUGUGUAACGACUAUGGGAUCGGAGAUUCCACGUCUUCAGGAAUUUGUGACAUGUUUCCCUUUUAAUUUUAAUUUUUAGCAAAAUGUUUUACGUAA